AUGUCUGAAUCUGAAGACGAAACGCAACUUCCCACUACCAUCGCGCCCUUAGACGACUCAGACAUUGAGGCAUCCCCACAACCUGAAACUAAACCGAAAACUCGAAACCCUGAUUACGAAGAACUAUUUGGCUCAAAUAAUGGUUCUUCAGCAGACGAAGGCGACUUGCACCUUGACACCCAAGAGCUAUUUGGUUCUGGAAGCGAACGUUCAAGAGAAGGGACACGUGUUUCCUCACCAAAACAACACUCGGUAGAUCUUGAGGAGGUAUUCGGUUCACCGGACAUUGAGAGACCACCUCCAUUGGUUCUCCCUAAUAAACAUCGUGCUGAUGCUUAUAACAAAAAGAUAUUCUUGGCAAAAUUACCCACAUUCCUAGCAGUAAAUUCAAAAAAAUUUGAUCCGCACACAUAUGACGAGAACGAAGAUGCUGGUGAUGUUGCAAAUAUUAUACGGUGGCGUAAUGUUAAAGAUGAAUCCACGGGGGAGCUGAAAAAGCAAUCGAACGCUGCUUUUGUCAAAUGGUCGGACGGCUCAAUGUCUCUCUUAGUCGGGGAAGAAAUCUUGGACAUAAAUAUCAACGAAACAAUGGAUUCACAAGAAUACCUAAUGUCUAGUCAUCUAAUGACCGAGAAAUCGACUAUGGCUUAUCAAAUGAAACUGAAAAAUAAAAUGGCAUUCCGACCUUCGACAACAAGUGGCGCUACACAUCGAAGAGUAACAGCGUCGAUUGCAUCACGACAUGUAAAACAUCAACGAACAAAAAUAAUUCUGACAGAUAAAGAUCCUGAAAUGGUGAAAAAAGAAAUGGAAAAGGCUGAGAAAAUAACGCGAGUUAAGCGUAGAACUGGCGGUGGGACACGAAGAGAUUACGGUAGGUCACGUUCCUUAUCCGAUGGAUACAGCAGAUAUGAUAAAGACGAAUACGACUCGAAUGAAGAAGAAAACCGUGCUGCACGCCGUGCAAUACGAAACAACGAUACAUAUGAAGAUGGAACUGGAUUUGUCGCAGAUGACGAUUUUGAGGAACUUGAGGAACGACGACCAAAGCGGGGGAAAUCUCGAACCUCUACAAAGUCCACAUUAUCAUCUAAAAGAAAGCGAAAAAAUGCUAGUGAAUCUGAGGAAGAUGAAUUUGAUCUAGAUGACGAUGAUGAAGAUCUCGAAGAGCCGCCCAUCAUGAGGAAUUGGCUGGGGAGGAGGAAGGCGAACCAUGAUGAAGAGGAAGAAGAAUUCAGAGUUGUGAGAAAGGGAAAGAAAAAACUCAAGGCUGUGGCUAGUGAUGAAGAUGAGAAGUAA